ACAGUCCUUGCUGAAAUGUCAAUACGCAACCAGGACACUGGCUCGCAGGGUUCAUCAUGGUUUCCAGGCAGUGCGUGGCUUUGCUUCUCUGCUUUCUGCUACUGAUUCCUCUUUCUCUGGAUGCAGUCUUUCUAAAGCAGGAAGAGGCAAGCAGUGUUUUGCAAAGGCAAAGACGAGCCAACAGCUUCUUUGAAGAGAUAAAACUGGGGUCAGUAGAGCGAGAAUGCAUGGAAGAAAAGUGUUCCUUUGAGGAAGCGAGAGAGAUUUACCAUGAUGAUGAACGGACAAAAGAGUUCUGGCACAUCUAUUCCGACCCCAACCAGUGUGACUCCAACCCCUGUCAGAACGGAGGGAGUUGUGAUGACCAGUUUCAGGAUUACAUUUGCCGCUGUCCUGUCGAAUAUGAGGGCAAAAACUGUGAAAAAGCGAUGGCUGACAAACUGAAGUGCAUUUAUGACAACGGUGGCUGUGAACAAUACUGUACUGAUGAGCGGUCUGAAAAACGAGUGUGCUUCUGUGCGGACGAUUACACUUUAGCGAGUGACGGCGUGUCCUGCAUUCCCCAAGUGAAAUACCCAUGUGGAAAAAUACCAGUGCUGGCAAAAAAAAAUGUAACUGCACAAGGGAGAAUAGUAGGUGGUUUAAUCUGUCCUCCGGGUGAAUGUCCAUGGCAAGCCCUUAUAAUACAGAAUCAGAAAGAAACGUGUGGCGGUACCCUGCUUUCCCCAGAGUGGGUGGUCACUGCAGCUCACUGUUUGGAGUAUACUGAUCCUGAACAGCUUCGGGUGAGACUGGGUGAACAUGCAAUAAAUUACAAUGAGAACACUGAGCAAGAAAGUGGCGUUGCUAGGAUAAUCAUUCAUGAAGAAUACAUGAAUGGACAAGUCAAUAAUGAUAUUGCCCUCCUGAGCCUGGAAACACCUGUGAAUCUCACCGACUAUGUGGUGCCAAUAUGUUUGCCUGAAAAACGGUUAGCAGUGUAUGAACUGUCCUCCAUCAAGUACUCCACAGUGAGUGGAUGGGGACGCCUACUAGAUGGAGGUGCCACCUCUUCUGUUCUGAUGAGAGUUGAUUUGCCACGUGUAAAGACACAAGAUUGUGAAAAGGAGACUGAUUUAAAUCUUACAGAAAAUAUGUUCUGUGCAGGAGACCUGACCGGUGUUAAGGACUCCUGCAAGGGAGACAGUGGUGGACCUCAUGCUACAAGGUACAAGAACACUUGGUUUCUGACCGGGAUUGUCAGCUGGGGAAAGGGCUGUGCUGUCAAAGGUAGCUAUGGGGUUUACACAAGGGUAUCCAAAUACAUCGACUGGUUGAAGAAGCACAUGGAUUAAUGCUGUUGAACUAGAGCAUUUUCAGAUCGUGUUAUUGCCCCCCAAUCCCCAUUUUCUAUUGGAGCAUUCCUUCAUUAUCUUAGAUACGUGAUAAAUGUGAUACCCACACCACUAUUAAUGAUUUGGAACAAGUCUGAUAUCUACCUGAAUAUAUAAAAUAACCUCCCUGUUGGUAUUGUUUGUAAACUUGCGUGUCUUGUCAUGUGGGCACAGAAUGGCCAUAACCAACCAGACUCUCUUCUGCAUCCACUUCUGCUAAGGGACAGAGCUAGAUGCUGAGAGAAAGACUGUCAGCAACACAUCAAGCAUAUCAUGAUCCUUCCUCCAGCUACCCUCUCAACUUCUGGAAAUCAGUGAUGUACAGACUUCCUGAGCCAGAAGUUGCAUUACGUUGAAUAGUCAUGAAUGAACCUGUUGUCCGCAAAUACGUGCAAUCUCUUUUAAACACGUUUAUGCUGCUGGCUUUCACAACUUCCUAUGCUGAUGAUGCAACAGCAGAAGAAAUAGAAGAAGUGUUUCUUCUGGGUUACAUUAAAGUAGCUUUCUCCAACAGCUGCAGGGGCAACAGGUACAUUUGAGGGGGAGGACCUCAAGAGAGUUUCCAGGACAAGAAAGGUGGGGAAAGGUUAAUUCCGUAUUUACAGGUCUGCUACAAAAGCUUGAUUUUAGCCUUCUUGCACCAAGCAGUAUUACAGUAAGCCUAUUAAGUGUAAUAUUUAACCUUGUAUUUAUGAGUGAUGAAGAAUACCACUGAUUUAAUCU